AUUCUGUCAUUGUUUUUGGUUUCACACUUCCUACCCAACAUAAACAGGUUCAUCAGUGUUGUUUUCCAUAGUUGACUGUAUUUUUAAUUAGGAAUUAACGUGGAAGGCACUUGAAGGAAAGCACAAUGCCGUAUUUUGGCUCUGAGGAAACAGUAAAGGAACUUAAGAGAGCUCUGUCCAAUCCCAAUGUACAAGCAGAUCGUCUCCGGUACAAGAGCUACAUCACUAGAGUCAUCAGGUAUAUGACACAGGGUUUGGAUGUCUCACCUUUAUUUAUGGACAUGGUUAAAGCCAGUGCCACAGUUGAUAUUGUUCAGAAGAAGCUGGUGUAUUUGUACAUGUGCACAUAUGCCAGCGACAAGCCUGACCUUGCGCUACUGGCCAUCAACACUCUACGCAAGGAUUGUGCUGAUCCUAAUCCCAUGGUGCGAGGAUUGGCCCUGAGGAACAUGUGCAACUUCAGAAUGCCGGGUAUAACAGAGUACAUUGACCAGCCCAUUGUUGCUGGUCUGCGUGAUAAGGCCAGUUACGUAAGAAGGGUGGCUGUGCUUGGCUGUGCUAAACUGCACAGUCUUCAACCCGACAUUGGGAUAGCUGCCAGUAUAGUGAAUGAGCUGUACGCUCUUCUAAGAGACCCAGACCCUGUAGUUGUGGUGAACUGUCUACGUGCCCUGGAGGAAAUCCUAAAAGAUGAGGGUGGGGUGGUUAUUAACAAACCCAUUGCUCAUCACCUUCUAAACAGAAUGAAGGACCUGGAUAGCUGGGCGCAGAGUGAAGUUCUCACCUUCCUGCUACGCUACCGUCCCCGCAGCGAUGACGAGUUGUUUGACAUCCUUAGCUUACUGGAUGGUUUUCUCCAUAGCGCCCAUGCGCACGUCGCUGUUGCCACACUCCGCCUCUUCCUUCAUUUAGCUGCCGCUCACCCUGCAGUCCAGGCUGACGCCCUCCUGAACACAAGCGCCCCCCUGCUGGCCACGUGCGGUUCUACGUCACGCGAACUUCGGUUUGCGGGUCUCUGUCACGUACAGCAGGUCAUGCGAAGUCAGCCCGGCCUUUUUGGCCUGCAUUACAAGCGCUUCUUUUGCGGUUACUCGGAGCCGAGUUAUAUUAAGUUUCGCAAGAUGGAGAUCUUGGUGGAGCUGGUGAACGAUGAAAAUGUGGCUUUGGUUUUAGAGGAGCUGAGAAGUUACUGCACUGAUGUGUCUCCUGAACUGGCCCAGGCAGCCAUUGCUGCUAUAGGUCGUAUUGCGCGAACAUACAGUGAGAAAUGUCUGAAUAUCCUAACCGGCCUCCUUGCAUUGAAACAAGAGCAUAUCACGUCAGCUGUGAUACAAACGUUCAGGGAUUUGGCGUGGUUCUGUCCUCAGAGUACAACCGCUGUGUGUCAGACGGUUGAGGCCUGUCUUCACUGUCCUCUAGAUAGUGAGGGGAAACAGGCUUUAUUAUGGCUGUUAGGAGAACAUGCUGAACAGAUCAGUAGUGCCCCCUAUGUGCUGGAGGGCUACAUAGACGGGCUGAAGACAGAACUCUCAUCAACAGUGAAAAUGGAGCUACUGACAGCGGCACUGAAGAUGUUCCUCUGUCGUCCCGCUGAGACACAGGAAAUGCUGGGGCGACUUUUACAUCAUUGUGUUGAGGAAGAGAGUGACGUGUGCGUGCGUGACCGGGCUUUGCUGUACUACAGGCUUCUUCAGCGUGGAGCUGAACAGACAAGGAAAGUUGUGACAGGACCCAAAUCCGAUCCAUCCAUGAGUGUUCUCGCUGGACAUCAGCAGGAGGCAGUUAGUCAGUGGGUCUCAAACUUCAACACUCUUGGCCCCCUGUCUGCACAAGAUUUAUGCCUUCAAACUUCCCUUAUAUCAGCCUCUGAACGCCCAUCAGGCGCUGCAGAAGAGGAGCUGUUGCCAGCAGGUAAAGAUGUGGCCCCCUCAAGUCCAAAUGUUGACCAAGAGGAAUUGAGUCUAUAUCUGGGUCCUCCUCUAUCCCAUGAGACUUUUGAGAGAAUGUGGCUAGACUUGGAGGUUCUCCAUAGACAAACUUUGGGUUACUGUCGACCCAGAACAAUGCCUGAUUUACAGGCUGCUUUACAGCUGGUGAAGAUCCAGACUUUGGCUUUUACACCGGGGGAAACUCUGCCUUGGAAGGCCUACCUUUACACAAGGGGGACUGGGACCCUGAUCCUCGCUGAACUGUUGCAGGAGGACUCAAAGACCCCGGAGAGUGAAGGAAAAUUAGUGGUCUCUGUCAAACAGCAGCCCCCGAACCAACAUGCUAUAAGAGGAUUUGUUUCGAUCCUUUGUAACGUGUUGCUGCCUCUUACUGUUGACAGCCCAUAAAUUGCCCAUAAAUAUUUAUCACUAAAGUAAUUUAAAAUUUAACAACUAAAACACCUGCUUUUUUCUUAACUGAUCAAAUUGAAUAUUUAGCCAAGCCAUCCUGGAAAAUGUUAUAAUAAAACAUGUUUGUAAAAAAACAUGUAAAAUAUAUGGAAUGUGUCACAUCGUAUUAGCAUGAUAUCAGAUUCACCAAUAAUAUUUUGCCCACACAUACAGGGUGGUUGAAUCAAAAAGUUUUGUUUACUCUAGAAGUUUGAGGAAAAUUGAAUUGACAAUUCAUGUAGCUUUUUGUCAUAGAGCUUGCAAAACUGUACCAAGUCUAAUCUUAAUUUGCAGAUAAGCAGUCGCAACGCUUGACUAUAAAUUUAUGAUGAUUAACGGCCUAUCAAAGACUGCAGGCAGGGGUAACUUAAGUCUCCCAGUAAAUAAUCAGUCAUGUGUUUUAUACUCAUUUACUGUAGAAUUUGCACAUUGUCAUUUAAAGAAUAUAUGUAAAAUUUCUGGCUCAAUAAUGAUCAUGUGUUUGCACACGUAUAUUAUGUAAAUUGAGAUUCAUCUCAUAUUAUCUAGCAGUGGCGGCCGGUGACUUCUUUUUUCGAGGGCGCACGAGGCGAAGUUUGUCACAACAUGUAUGUAGCCCUUUAUGUGUGUAGUAAUAUGUGUUCGGCGCGUCCGGUGAACCUAUGUGCAUCACUUGUUUGUCAAAAUAAGUGCCUGCUGCAGACGCAGGGGUUUAUGAUAAAAAAAGACGCUUGCGUUUGCCAGAUACUCGUAUAAUCUCAUGCGUAAUCAAAGUUUACUGUUAAGUGAGUGUCUUGCGUGUAUUUUGUGAAAAUGAGCGUAUCAUUUAUCAUAAACAGUUUUGAUGCGUGUGCAGAAGGCACUUCUUUUGACAAAACACGUGAUGCACAUGGUUCACAUAACGCAACAAACACAUAUUUUGAAAACACGAGCAACACACAUGACACUCCAAACACAUACUUUGAAUUUGCCCCCUCAGAAGAGCAGUCAUGAGCCGCCACUGUUAUCUAGUAGCCUAAUGGUGCAUUCCCACCAGCCGUUGUAGAGGCGGCAAAAAUGCGCUAUUCGCGCGUAGUUGGACGCUUGAACAUUUGAGUUCACUCGCUUCAUUCCCGUGUGAAAGCUGCACGUGAAAUUCUAGUAAUUCGAGACAUUCACGCGAAAAUUCGCAUCAAGGGAGGGGCUUCUGCGACUCCGCUGAGACUCUGCUCGCUUCCUGUAAUCAGGUCACUAUUACAGCAAGGUCCUGAUUGGUUAAUGCGGUGCGGAAAUCCGCCGAAGUUCCGUUUUUUUAACUGCAUUCCGCAUGUACCGCACCGCAGGAUGCCUAAUCGCAUCUUUGCAUUGACUUAACAUUUGCUGCGUGUACACCAGCCGCAGUAGAAGCAGCAAAAACGCGCUAUUCACGCGUAGUUGUACGCUUGAAGAUUUGAGUUCUCUCGCUUCAUUCGAGACAUUCACGUGGAAAUUGGCGUCAUGGGAGGGGCUUCUGCAACUCCGCUCGCUUUCUGUAAUCACAUCACUACUACAGCAAGGUCCUGAUUGGUUAACGCAGCGCGGAAAUCCGCCGAAGUUCAGAUUUUUCAACUUGCGGGUUUCCCGCGGCAAUGCUCAAUUUGCGCGGAACGCGCCUUCCGUUCGUUCUGUGCCAUUUGCGCUACACUUACCGCAUGUACCGCUGCAGGAUGCCUAAUUGCGUCUUUGCAUUGACUUAACAUGUAAAUCAGCCGCUUGCCUGCUGUGCCGCGGCUGGUGUAAACGCAGCAUAAACGCAGCAUUACUGAGUUUAUAGAUGAAUUGACACAAUUGAUAUGGAAAUUUACUGUAUUGUAACAUUAACUAACUAAUGCAAUUGUAACGUGUGUUUCAUUUAUACAUCCACUUAUAUGUGGAUGUGUAAGGAAUAGUUGACGA